UAUUUUGUUGAUUUUUCUUAUCGCUGUUGAAAUAUUUUUUAUUUUAUAUAAAAGUCCAAAAAUCUGGUUUAUUUACAAAGAGAUAAAAUCAGUUCAUCUAUUUGAUCAGUUAAGAUUAGUAACGUACUAUGAACUUCUUUGAAAUUUUGGGCUUCUCUGGGCUAAUAUACUGCGUAAUAUACUUUUUACUGUGGAUCUUUUUGGACUGUAAUGUGGCUCUUUGGUUGAAAAUUCGUUUUGGCGUUAAUAUUUCCACCUUACGUGGCCAAGUGGUGUGGAUAACGGGAGCAUCUAGUGGCAUAGGAAAAGGUUUGGCUUUGAAUCUGGCACGUCAUGGUGUAAGAUUGGUUUUAUCGGCCAGACGUGAGGCUCUUUUGGAAGAAGUAAAAGAAGAAUGCUUAGCAGAAGCCAAUGGCCUAUUAGCGUCUAAAGAUGUUUUGGUAUUACCCAUGGAUAUGCUCAAGUUGGAGCAUCACAACAAGUGCUUGCUGGAUGUUCUAAAUUACUUUGGCAAAUUGGACAUUUUAGUCAAUAAUGCCGGUCGAUCUCAACGUGCCAAUUGGGAAGACAUUGAUAUACAGGUGGAUAGAGAACUGUUCGAAUUGGAUGUGUUUUCUGUGCUGCAUCUCAGCCGUUUGGUGGUGCACUACUUUGUAGAACAAUGUGGUGGCAAAGGUCAUAUAGCUGCUACUUCUAGUGUGGCCGGCUUGACUACGGUGCCAUUUUCAGCUAGCUAUUGUGGCGCUAAGCAUGCUUUAAAUGCCUAUCUACAGUGUUUGGCUAUGGAGCAUCCCUCUUUGGAUGUAACUACUUUUAAUCCUGGUCCAGUGGCAACUGAUUUCUUACAAGAAGCCUUUACUGCAAAACCAAAUAGCAAAGUGGGCCAAAGUACCAAAAAUCAAAAGCGUUUAACAGCUGAAAGAUGUGGCUUUCUAUUCGCAACAGCCUUGGCUAACAGAAUGGAAUUAGUAUGGUGUGGUCUGUUUCCAGUUAAUUUUCUAGCCUAUGUAUCACGUUAUACACUCUUGAGCGCCAUACUCAAACAAUUUAUGACUCAAAAUACAUUGAAUAAAAUAAGAGAAGGUAAAAUUUAGAGUAAUUUGCCAUAAGUUCAAAGUCUUGAAACUAAAAUUCCAAUUUUGAUCUUGAAUGGUAUGUUCAAAUUUUAAGCAUUUAAAUUUGAGUAAUAAGAAAAAACUUAAGAUAAAAAGCGAAAUUGAAUUUCGAAAUUUUUUUCAUCCAAUGAUACAAAAUUUAUUGUAUUCUAUGAAGUAUUUUAAAGCAAAAUAAAAAAUAUACAAAACAAAAAA